CUUCAGCCUCUCCGCCGAUAAGCGACCGCAUGUAUUAUGUCAGAAAGCAUAUAGCCUAUCCCCUCCUCCUCAUCAUCUCCAUCCCGAUUCUUCUCAGCCGCAGAGCACCUCGUCCCAGCGAGCACCCAAUCUGACUGCACAUCCCGACCACCCCUAGAAGAGGAGGGGCACUGCAACAACAAGUACGAGUGGGAGUUUGGCGACAGCCUCGUCACCAUGGCCUCGCCCUCUUCCUCAUCAUCGUACGAACUCGUCGAGCCCACCGAGCCCGUCUUCCACAAAUUCCCCUUUCUCCCUCCCGAGAUCCGCCAACAGAUUUGGCUUGAAGCUAUCCCGUCUCCCGGCAUCAACUUCUUCAACGUUCACUCUUUCCCCAACGAUCAUAGGAACGCCAACUGCAGCACUUCUCCGUGCUGGCUGUAUCUCGACCUACGCCGCCUAGCCAUUACCGAUGAUGACGAUGCCGUCGCCGAGUACGAUCCGUCUGCCUGGAUGGCCCGCAGCGUGCUCCGCCGCACUUGCCGUGAAGCACAUGCCAUGAGCGCCAUCCCGCCCUCGCACGCUGUCACCCUCACCUUGACCCGCCCGAGGCGCGGCCUGUUCGUGCGUGCCGGCGAUGACCAGCUGCGCCUAAUGACGCCCCUAGAGCCCCGGGACGGUGGGAGCUCGUCUAUGUCAAUCACUCGCGCUGCCCACACCGAAGAAUAUCCACCGGUCGAGCCGCUAGAGCGGCGGCGUGUCCAGGUCCACACCAAUGAUGUUCUAUGUCUCUCUGUUGAGAACUGCAGCUUCAAUCUGCCGUAUGAAGAGACUCCCAUCCUCGACGAUAGCGACGAGCACCUUGGAUGGUCAUUUGAUCCGCAGCUCACACCCCGACUUCCUAACGAAAUUCCGACGGGUCGACUCUGCGCGAGCAUGGCACGCGGCCACAAGACUGCACUCAACGCCGUUUGCAGUUCGCUAUGCAGCAUUCUCUCAAUCUACGACCGGGGACGCUCUGCUAACCAACCUCUGGUGCCUUUGAUCAUGGUCGACGCGUACAAGCAGGAACUAGGUAAGCGUAAUAUAGAGGAGCUCACCACCGCCGUCGACGUGUUUUGGGAUCGCUUUGGCGACCGCUACAUGCAGAUACCAUGGAGGCCGGCUGAACUGAUCGUCGAAUACCGGCUGGUCAAGAUAUGGCCUGAGGAAAACGAUAUCAGGGAGAGGUACUUAGCUUCCGCGAUACUGCACUCGCCGAAGCGGCCUGCCGAGUCUUAGCGUCACCGUGGGUUCUACCACUAGGAGGUGCGAGCUUCUCGCUGGUCCGAUACCGAAUACAGGGCUGGCUAGAUUCCAGCCGCUGGACGAAAAGGCGUCGAGAGGCCGGUAGUCUCUGAAGGGCAUUCCAGCAUCAGUCUCCAUGCCUUUACUCGUUGCCGU